CAUUACAAAAAUCUUGUCUUGUCAGAAUUCCAAUAAUAUUUUGGUGGGCUGUUCAAAGAUUGCAUUUUUUUGUUAAUGGAUUAAAAUCCCAUUUGCAGAAUUCAAAGUUUCUUGAACUGGGCUUGUAUAAAAAUCCAGUCUUUAUUGAAAAGUAUUUACUCUGAUCUGAGAGAAAAGAAAAAAAAAUGGAAGACUCGUCGAAGAGCAAUGGAAAACUCGGUGAAACAGGUGUAAUUGAGCUCACUGGUAAAAUAAUGGUGGUUGCAAUCGUCCUCCUCUUCUUCGUAGUAGUCUUCGUCUUCUGCCUCCACCUCUACGCCAAAUGGUUCUGGUACCGCCGAAACGAAACCACCACCACCACAACAACCACCACGCGCCGCCGCCGACGGAGGUUCGAUUUCGCUGCCGGACACCAAGAAACAGCGGUUACAACCACCAAUACCCGCACCGGGUUAGACCCGUCUGUCCUCAAAACCCUACCCGUAAUACAAUUCGACCCGAAACAGUGCAAAGACGGGUUAGAAUGCGCCGUGUGUUUGUGCGAGGUUUCCGAAGGCGAAAAGGCGAGACUUUUACCGAAAUGCAACCAUGGAUUUCAUUUGGAAUGCAUUGACAUGUGGUUUCAAUCACAUUCCACUUGCCCUUUGUGCAGAAACCCUGUAGCCAAUCAGAAUCAAUCAAAUUCUUGCGACGAAUCCACAUUGGAUUCCGAGAGCUCGGAGGCUCCGAAUUUUCCGACGAAUGUUUUGAUUUGGGGCAAUGAGAAUCAAGUCAGCACCUUUAGCCCUUCUGUGGAUGAAAAUAGUCAAGGUGUUAGUGGUAAUGCAGAGCCGUCGAGUUCUUCUUCUUCGAUGGUGAUCGAUAUUUCGAGACAGAUACAUAAUCGAGAAGAAGAGGAAGAACAGAAACUGCAGGCGGGGCCCACGAAACUUAGGUCGUUGAAGCGGCUUUUGAGCGGUGGUAAUAGUAAUAGGAGAGUUAAUCCUUCGAGUCCGAGAAGUAUGGAUCUUGAACAAGGAGGCGGUGGCGGUGGUAGAGGACAAAGUUCGAUUUGAUUCGAUAUUCGAUAUUCGUUUUUCGAUAAAAAAAGAUGUUAUUUAUUGGGUUUUCUUUUCGUUUGUACCGUACGAUGUUCUUUGAUUCUUGAUCAAGAAGAUGCAAUGCCAUGGGGAUUGGAUAUGGUGGUUUUUGUGUAAUUAAUUAAUUACUAGGUUUGCUUCUCUAU